AUGUUGGCGCGCCACCGUCUUACGCCGUGUUUGGAAAGAGGCUCUAAAAUUCGAGAUUUUGUCGUACAAGACAUGGCAGCUGUGAAAUCUGCUAACCACGUUGAGGUGGAGAUGGAAGUAAUAGAGUUUUUGCUUGAAUUAUUUGACAGAGUCGGUGAUAGAAUUGAAGCUUGCUUACGGCAAACUGAUUAUUCUGAAGUUGCUUCAAAGCUUGAUUUGAUUAUACAACUUUCUCGGCUGUUGAAGGAGGCAGGGUUUGAUGCACGGCUUGAAUUAGAUGAGAUAGAAAGGUUAUGUGCAUAG